GAAAAAGAGAGGAAUAUUAUACAGAAAAAGAAGGAAAAUAAUACCAAGCCCCAGUUAUCCGGAUUCCCUCACUUAUCCGGCCUGAGUUCCGGACCCCCGCCAGUGACCACGGACCGCCCGGCCAGCCACCACGAUCACCACUACCCUGACGCCGCCCAGAUGCACGAAAUCAUCAAAAUGUGCAGUAGCUUCGACGGCACCAAGUCCACGAAGGGCGCCUCCAAGAUGAGACGCGACCUCCUCAACGCGGAGAUCUGCCAGCUGCGGGACCUGCUGCCGCUGCCGCCGUCCACGCGCCAGCGGCUCUCACAGCUGCAGCUCAUGGCCCUCGUCUGCGUCUACGUCAGGAAGAGCAACUACUUCCAGCAAGCCAUCAAGAUGAGACAUGAAGAACAACCUCGGACGGAACCGCCGAAUUUGGAGUUUUUGAAGGCGCUGAGUGGAUUCAUCAUGAUGCUCACACAGGGCGGUAAGCUGCUCUACAUAUCCGACAACGCCGCUGAAUACCUGGGACACUCCAUGGAGGACCUGCUGAUCCACGGUGACAGCGUGUACGACAUCAUCGACAAGCAGGACCACGCGGCGGUGCAGGGCGAGCUGGUGCGCGCCGCGGCGGCCGCGCCGCACGCCCACCACGGCCACGGCCACCACGCCGCGCACGGGCACGGCCACGGGCACGCGCCGGGCCUCGGCGACGACCACCGCCUCUUCCUGUGCCGCAUGAACGUGUCGCGCAACGCGCGCCGCCAGAUGCGCUUCGGCGACCAGAAGGUGGUGCUCGUGGCCGGCCACUUCCUGUCGUACCUGCCGCUGUGUUCGCGCAACGAGCCGGUCUUCCUGGCGCACUGCACGCCCGUGGCCAUGCCGGAGACGCGCGAGAGCGUCGUGCAGGGCGCCACCAACGUCUUCACCUCCGUGCACACGCUGGACAUGAAGUUCAUCAGCCUGGACAGGAACGGCGAGUUCCACCUGGGGUACAGUCGGGGGUCGCUGUCGGGGGUGUCGUGGUAUCAGCUGGUGCACCCCGACCACCUGCAGGAGGCACAGAACAAACACCGCCUGAUCACCACCAGCGAGCAGGACCGGUCGUGCAUCCUGCUGGUGCGGCUGCAGGCCGCGGGCGGCACCUGGCGGUGGGUGCACUGCGUCCUGCAGGUCAAGGACGCCGCCGACCACGGCAACGCCGGCGGCAGCGGCGGGGGAGGAACCGGCGGAGGAGGAGGAAGCGGCGGACAACAGCAGACGUCGCCGUCCCCGCCGUCAGGGCAGCAGCACACCCCGCAGCCCCAGCCCCAGCCCCAGCCCCAGCAGCAGCAGCAGCAGCCGGUGAUCGUGGCCACCAACCAGGUGCUGGGGGAGCGCGAGGCGGCGGUGCUUCGCGCCAACUCGUGGCUCUACCACUACUACACCGUGCACUCCAAGCUGCACUACGGCCUGGCGCCCCACGCCCACUACGACCCCGCGCAGGCCUCCGCGGCGGCCGCGGCGGCGGCGGCGGCGGCGGCAGCCGCGCACCGCGCCCACCACGCCUACUACCCGCAGGUCGUCCCCUACCAGGCUGACACCGCCGCCUCCGCGCCCUACAUGCCCAACGCCGCCCUGCCGCGGGGCCCCUACACGCCCCAGGCCUACGCCGCCCCGCCCACCGCGGCGCCGCACGCGCUGUCGUACGCCGCGGCGGCGCAGCUGCAGCAGCAGUACCACCACCACCACCAUCACCACCACCACCACUACAAGCAGCAGCAGCAGCAGCAGCAGCACCAGCAGCACGCGCCCACCGCCGGCCUGGACUUCUCCCGCGAGGCCGCCGCCCCCUGGGGCUGCCCCGACGCCGCCGCCGCCGCGCCGCGCCCCCGCAAGUCGCCGCUCGCCUCCCCGCGGCGCUCCCCGCCCACGCCCCUGGCGGCGGCGGCGGCGGAGGGCGGCGGCGGCGGCGUGGCGGUGGCGGCGCCGGUGGCGGUGCGCGCGGGCAGCCGCGGCAGCCAGAAGGCGGCGGUGACAGCGUCGCCGGAGCCGUGGAAGGCGUCGCCGACGCAGGAGGUCCCCGACUACCCCGACUUCCCCGACUACGUGACGCCGCCGCUGCAGCACCACGGCGCGCACACGCCCGCGCACACGCCCACGCACGCCACCGCCAAGCUGCACGCCUUCACAUUCGACGCCGCACAAGACCACCACGUGCCCAGCGGCCACCACGACGCCUGGCGCCCGCACGCCUUCGUCAGGUAGGCGCCGACCCGCCAAACGACGCGUGCACAAACACACGCGCGCGCACACACACACACACACACACACACACACACACACCGCCUCACACGCUUGUCCUUUGACAGCUGAUUGGCGGGGAGGCGGGGCGGGGCGAGCACACAAACACACAAACAAAUAAACAAGCAACAGGUGCGUGUGUGUGUGUGUGUGUGUGUGUGUGUGUGUGUGUGUGUGUUCGAGGCUAAUAUGUGAUAAAAAGAUAUUAGAAGUCUUGCUUUUCUUUCUUUGUAAAUAAAACACAAAAAAGUGAGAAAAUAAAGCUAGAGAGAGAGAGAGAGAGAGAGAGAGAGAGAGAAUACGACACCACGCUCCCUAAGGUCCCAGCCCAUAAUCGUAAUAUUUAAGCAAGGAGUCGAGGAAGGAAACACCACAAGAAAAUAUUUGCUGUGCCAUAAAAAGAAAAAAGAAAGAAAAUUAUGAGAAAAAAGUUGAAUUUCUUUUUAUUAUUUUUA